GUAACCACUCUUCUCCACUAACUACCCCACUAAUUUUCCCACUAAUGCCUCCCACGUCUACCUACAUCUUCAUUACACCCUGUUUAAGACCCUUAUAAAUUGAAGCUUCACACAUCAAACCCAACAGAGUUCACCACAAAGCACAAGAAAAAUUUAUAGUACAUUCUGCAGUUGUUAUUUGACCAAAUUGCUAGGAUGGGAAGUAACAGCCCACCCAAGGUCAAAGUCGGAAGGUGGUCAUUCCUUAAGGAAGUUGACAAAAGCAAGGAGGAAGGGCAAAGAUUGGGCACUUCGUAUGUAUACUGUUCGAGUGUAACAAGUCUCGAGGAGGAGAGAAUACGAUGGAUAUGAUUUUUCAUGAUAUAGUGGUACUUGAAUUGUUUUGUAGUGUAAAAUUUCAUUUUUUUUUUGGUUUGAAAAAUGUUUGAAUAUAUCCCAACCAAGGAUCAUUUAAAUAUCUAUGUUGAUGUACCUUUUUCAAUAGGGAAAGUGGAAUCCAUGCAAAGGUAAAUAUCUUUAUAAUUUAUGUUUACUGAAUAUGCUAUAUGUUAUAUUAUAAUGAAAUGAAUCUAUGUUAUUAUGCACUUCUACAUCCACAUAUAUCUACUCACUAAAAAAACUAAUUAUUUUAACUUCAAAGUGGGUCUUCUUUGAGAAGAUAUAAUUCAAUUCAAAAAAGGUUUUUAUGAACACAUGAAAAAAUUAAAAGUGAUUGGAGGCGUGAACUCUUACUGAUAGAUAUGUUAAAGAUAAGCUCUUACUCAAUAUACACAUUUUGGAUAAAAUUAUGAGUACUAAACACAUCAUUAUUACCUCCAAGAAGCAAAUUGUUAUGAUUCCAAAAUAAUGUGGUUGUUUGGCAAUGAAAAAAUGUUACCCCAUUUAAGAUUCAAUAUGUGUGCUAUAUUCACAUUUAUAACAAUAGAAAAAGUAAUAUUUAAAAUCUAGAAUACUAAAUUAAAAUAAGAGUUAUUUGUGAGUCAAAAAAAGUUUUGGGUGGUUUUGUGUUAGCUUUUAGAACAUGAAUGUUUAUUUACCCAUGUUUGAGGAUAAUGAAUAAAACAAUUAACCUCAUAUUAAAUAGAUUUUGAGAAGACAAAUUAGUUUCAUUUUGGGAGUAGGGUUGAAAUUAAGUAAUGCAACACCUAUUAUGUUUACUUUUUUUAAAUAUUAAAAUUAAUUAAGGAAUAAACAAUACAUUAUUACCUUAAAAAAUGUGAUGGCAAGAAUUAAAAAUAAUAAGUUUUAACUUAUGUGGAUUGUGUAUUAAUUUAAAAAAAUUAAUUUUUAAUUUGGAAAAUGUAUAUGUUAUUUAUGUAUGAAAUUAUAAUGUACACAGAAACAUAAAAAAAGUAGUUACACGAGUGGAUAAAAAAAUAUUAAUUACCUGGGCUGAUCGAUUCAUGAACUUGAUAAAUAAUUAUAUGGCUCAUCAAGCGAUUGAUUCUCAUUUGGCCAAACACAAGAAUCUGUUACCCAAGAAGCAUUAGGUUUGAUAUCCUAAUAUUUACUUUUCUAAAAUUGUCAUAUUUUGAGAAAAUUUAAAAUUACAACUUUUAUAUGUGAAAAGAAUAAGUAAUGUGAAAAAUAAAAUUUUCAAAAUUUUCAAAAGCUUUUCAAAAUAUUCACAAAAUUGAAAAAACAAAUAAAGACGCAAAAAAUAGUCAAUCAACGAAAAUUUGAGUUUUCUUAACCCAGAAAUUGCAAAAAUGUAGAUGGCGAUAUAUUUUAGAACUAAAUUAAUGGCUACUCUUCUCGGAUUUAAGGAUAUCAAAAAUAGAAGAUAUGAGGGUGUUUAAAAAUAUAUUUCGAUGAGAUCUGAAGCUGAAUCUAUCAAUUACAUAAAAAAAAUUUAAUUACGAAAUGAAAAAAUUGUAAUAACACAAAUCGGUGUCUUAUUAAUUGAUAAAAAUACAGAUCCAUAACAUCUAAGAGUGUUUAAAAAAAAUAUUCCCAUGAAGAUCCGAGGUUGCAUGUACUGAGGUUUUAAAAAAAAAACUCAUUGCCGAAUGAAAAAAUAAUGUAAAAACAGAACAUCGACUACAAAGUAAUUGAUGAAAUUACAAAUCUUUAAGAUCUAAUAGUGUUUUAAAAUAAAUUCGCAUGAAAAUAUGAGGAACUUAGGUUGCAUUUAGCAACCCCUAAAAAAAUCAACACCGAAUGAAAACAAAGUGUAAUAAUGCAAAAUAUAGAAAAUAAAUAAUGCAUGACCUGCAACUCUUUGAUAAAUAAUUAAAAUCGAGAUCGCAAGAAAGAAGACAAAGAUGUGAGAUGAGGCAGUUCAGUGAGAAAUGAGCUGCAGACGGAAAUGAAGAGGAGAGUGAGAAACGAGACACAUGUAGGGGGAAAAGGUUAAUUUCAUGGAUAAAAUGUAAAUUAUUAAUAUCCAAGAGUCAAUACAAUGUACAUACACGAAGUAAAACAUACAAUGCAUCGGGGCAUACCCCUAUAAAAUAAAAAAGAAUUGCACACACGCCAAGGCACGCACGCCCAAUCAACAAAACAUGAGUACACAAGCACAAAAGAAAAGUACAUCACACGGAAGAUGAUCAGCACCAUCAACAGGCUUGUCCUCCUCAUCCUGGAUCGUCAUCAUCAAAGGAUCAUCAAAAGGUUCCAGUAAGGUGUAGUUUUGAGGCUUCCACUCCAUGGUUCCCCAGUAAACGCAGUAACAACGGUGAUGUUACUUUUCAGGAGUUGUGCACAUCGAUCAUCAAGUUCACCCUCAAGAAAUAGAUGCCAUGACCCAAGUCCACGAGUUCACCAUAGACCAAAGUGCUAGAGUAAACUCAGCCGAACCUGAACACAGACGGCAAUAGAAAAUGGCUCAUGCAAACUCAAGUGGACCAGGCCCGAAGUCAUAAAACAUGAGAGAAGCACCCAGUCCGGCAUCAUUAGUCACACAAAGGGGUUACGGUUUCCAAGAAGUCUCAACUUUCACACACUCGGGGGUCCAUCGUACCCUUCCCUUGACUGUGUUGAACACUGAAGCCUCGGGCUCACAGUGGCUUCCCAACAAAAAUGUUAGGGAUGCAGCGAGAAAUACAACUGGUAAUCCCACCCAAAGGUGUUCAACAACUCCCAACUGAGGAAGAAGAGGCACGGUUGGUUCAAGGCUCCAGUGACUUUAGGCAGCCCCAAACCAGUAGCACAGCGGCCUUUUCCACCCAGAGACGUCCUCAAUAGACCCAUGAAUCAGCACUACAAACACCAAGUAGUAUGGCUGCCCAAGAGCUGCCUAAAACGCCAAGUAUGAAUACCAAACAAAGACAUGAGGGACCUGGGCAGUGGUAGACCAAACCAAGGCAGAAGAAGAUCAUCCAAUGCAAAAGGGAGAAGGUUGGCCUGCCAGCAACCUAUGCGUGCCAUCCCCAUCCCUCAAGAACUUGAGUUCAGCGAGCAAACAUCAAACCCACAGGAGGGUCUGUUGUUUGAAGAUGGCAGCCCGGAAAUCAAAAAUUUCCAAACCCAAUCAUGGUCCAGCCCCCAUUCAAGUACAGUUCACCUUACAACAAACAAAAACAAACCCAAAAGCCAAUCAAACCACACCAGGCAGCAGCCUCUGGACAGUCUCUGGCAAAAGGUUAAUUUCAAAUAUUAAAUAUAGUUGUAAACAUGAUACAAUUAAAAAUUAAGAUUGGGGCACAACCACAGCUGAAUUAGCACAUAUAUAAACAUGGAGGUAUAAUAGGAAUCAGUCAUUAAUUAAAUAGCGAUACACAGAAUUAAUGAUGAAGGUAUAAACAUGGAAAAAUCUACACAGAUAUAUGCACACAUAGAUGAGGGUAUAAACAUGAAAAAAUCUGUACACAUUAAUUUAAGAGAUCAUGUUAAGACCUAAAAUAUGUUGGCUUCAUAUAAUGAUUCAAAGUUUCAGAAAGAAGGAUAGAUCAAAGUUUCAUAUAAUCCAGGCUUCAUAUAAUGAUUCAAAUUUUCAGAAAGUAAAUGCUUAAAGUGGUCCAAAUGUAGAAAAAAAGGUCCAUCCAGGGCCCGAACUUGUGUAAUCCCUAUUCCAGAGAAACAAUUAAGGGAAAUUAAGACCUAAUCUUUAAUCCGGUUUCCAUUUCUGGAAAUCAUCCGAGUCCCUUGAUAGAGUGUGGCAGGGAGCUAACACCAUGCCAAAAUGUAAAUACAAUGAAGAUUAAAAUUAAGAAUAGAAAAAGAAUGUAUACUUUCUCAAUUUAGCAUAUGCCUCAGCCUUCUUUAAAGGAUACCUAGAAGAAUAGAAAGCAAUUAAGCAAUCGCAUAUCGGCCAGCAACAACCAAAACAAAUUACAAAAUUAGCAAAAAGACUUUAGUGUGUGAAGCCAGGUAUGCUGCAUUUUAAAGUAUACCUGGACAGAGAUUAUUGUUGAUGGCUUUUUUAUAAGCAUAACUUCACCUCGUUUUUUAUUGAUGGCUUCUUCUACAUUAUAUUUAGGACUCCUGCAAGUUCUCCCAUCUGUCGUAUUUUUCUCCCAAGCUUAGUUUCAACAUAAUUCUUAUUUAUGCUGCAAGUAAAAGCAAGACACCUGUUAAGUACGGAGUAUUUUUAAUGAUCUAGAGCACCUUCUAAAACAUGUAGAGUCAUACUUUAGGGACUAAUUUUUCACCUCUUUGGGCAUUUUUGUUACAAAAACAAACACCCUGGAACAAUUAAAAACAAAAAGAACCUUUGAUCAUAUAUGUAAUGUAAGGAUAGCCAAAUUGAAUAUACUAUAAAAAGUAAAAUAGAGAACUUCUACCUCAAAUGAUUUCAUGCUUCGAGGAAGGGUAUUCUACAACAUUCUGCAAACUUCAAAGCUUGAUGAAUUAGGAAAGUAUUUUAAAUUUAUUUAACAUAUAAACUAACACUUUUAUAUAAUAAUUUAUAGAGCCAACAAUAACUUAAUACUUCGUAGUACUCUAAGUUGAAAAAUGUUUAAAGACUUAAAGACAAACAUUCAUGAACUUUUUUUCUAUCACAACAUAUACAUGAAAUCAAUUUAGCAAAAUUCACACUCUGUAGAUUUCUAUUCAUAGAGGUAUAAAAUCUAAAAUAUAUUUUCUAAGAUUAAGCAAAACCUUGGGCUGAAAUUGGAACCUUAAAUCAUACUUUGUAACUAAUUGAUGAAAUUGUCUUAGGAUGAUAUUCAAAU